AUGUGUUCCAGCUCGUCGACCACGUCAGACCGCUUUCCUCAUCACCCUUGCCGACCCUCUGGUCGCAUAUGUUCACAUAGUCGCCCGCGCUUUCCCACGUCAACCACACAUCCCCUCGUCGCAAUCGCUGAUAGUGAACAUACCGCGCUUCAGAUCGUCACCCGCGCACCCUUCAUCACCCUCGUCGACCCGCACCGAUCCUCGCCGCCCUCACCUCCCUUAGUCACCGACAUUCCCUCUCGUCGCUCGCGCUUCCCCUCAUCACCCUUGCCAACCCUCGCCGCCCUCGCCUCCCCUCGUCGCCCGCGCGUCCCGUCGUUGCCCUUGCCUCCCUGUUACUCGCGCUUCCCAAAGACGGAGGGAGAGGUAAGCUACCCCACAUUUCCUUCCCUGCUUCCCCCCAUCCCCUUCCCUGCUUCCCCCCAUCCCCUUCCCUGCUUCCGCCCAUCCCCUUCCCUGCUUCCCCUCUUCCCCUUCCCUGCUUCCCCCCACCCUCUUCCCUGCUUCCCCCCAUCCCCUUCCCUCCUUCCCCCCACCCUCUUCCCUGCUUCCCCCCGUCAUAUGCCAUGCUUCCCCCCACCCUCUGAGAAGUGGGUGACACACGCCAGCCUCUGCUUUCUUCCCCUCAUCCUCUGCCCUGCUUCCCCCCACCCUUUGCCCUGCUCCUCUCGCUUUUCCCAUGUGCUCCUCUCCUCCAUUUUACCAUCUAACCUGCCUCUCCCAUCUACCCCCCCUCUCCCUCCCCAUGUGCUUCUCCUGCCCCUCGCAUGUACCCCUCCUCUCCCCCCCCAUGUGUCUCUCCUGUCCCUCCAUUUCUUUCUCGUGCACACCCACCGCCUCUCCACUCCCUCCUGCUCGUGCACCUUCCCUCCCACCUGCCAGGAGCACGACCUAGAAACCUUACAGAGGGACUACAAGGUGCGGGACGUGGGUCUGUUGCGCGUUUCUUGGUGGACCUUCUCUUCCCUCCAUCCUUGCAUAGGCUUGAAAGCGCAAUAG